AUGGACAAACUGCGUGAUGAUGACGAAGUUCUCACCAUGGACCUGCCAGAACACACCACACUUGAAGGGUUUGCUAAUGAUAUAGCGGCAAAGAUUGUUGUAAAAACAGAGGAGCAGGUUCAAAAUAGAGUUGAACUAGCUUCGAUGAUAGUACAAAACUGGAUGACAAAUCAUGGACUCCAGCUAGCCAGUCAAAAAACGGAACUUGUGAUACUCACAAGGAAAAGGAAUUUCUGCGAAAAAAUUCAAGUUGAAGUCUACGGAUCCAAAGUGGAUGCAGCCAAAUCCUUGAAGUAUCUUGGCGUCAAAGUUGACCAGAAACUCAAGUUCUGGGAGCAGAUAAAGUCUGCUUCAGAAAAAGCAGAUAAAGUCAUGGGGGCGCUAUGCAGGUUGAUGCCUAACAUAGCUGGCCCAAAGAGUAGCAAGAGAAAAACUCUACUGAGCGUGAUUCAUUCCAUCUUGCUCUAUGGAGCUGAAAUAUGGGCGGAUGCACUACAACACAAAUCAUAUCGCAAGAAGAAGGCUGCGGUACAAAGAAGAGGUGCUUUACGGGUCACAAGCGCUUAUUGCACGACUUCAGAAGCUGCAGUUCCAGUUAUUGGAUCAAUGCCCCCCCCAAUAGACUUACUAGCUAUCGAGCGUAAACGGGUUUACGAACGAUUAGAAAUUGAAGGAAAUCCAGAAAUUAUGAAAAGGGAAGAGAAAGAGUUAACUCUGUCGAAAUGGAACAGACGCUGGACAUCUGAGAAAACGGGGAAAUGGACAAGAUGA